AUGGCUCAGCCCCUGACAAAAACAUGUCAGACUUGUUUUCGCGCAAAAAUCAAAUGCGCCAGCACGCAGCAAUCGGGCAAAUGCGACCGCUGCCUGCGGCUCGGCAGGGGUUGCGUCUUUCCCCCAUCCCGCCGGAAGAUCGGUGCGAGCAAGGCAGCCACAUCUGCGGUGCCUUUGGGACCAGAGGCGGAAAUGACAAGUCGUCCAUCUAGCCAGAGUCCGUUUGCGAGUGGCCUGCUGUCGGCAGAGGCAGGCCAGGCUCUGCUCCAAACGUACACUUUCAAAAUGAUGGCGCGGUUUCCAUUCGUCGUGAUAUCUGAGCGCUCAGUGGACGAAUUGCAGGUAAAACAGCCCGCCCUCUGUCUUGCUGUCAUGACGAUCGCUGCGUUUGACAAUGGUGCACUUAGACGGCGCCUCGGCCACAUGUUCAGCGAUCUCGUCGCAGAGCGCAUCACCCGAGGCAAAUUUGCUUCACUAGAUCUACUUCAAGCAUUAUUAGUGCAGCUCGCUUGGGCGCAUUAUCAGCCACGCCCGUUGCGGCACACACAGUAUCUGAAUCUCGCAAUCAGCAUUGUGAGUGACUUGCGGUUAGAUAGACCCAAAAACACGAGUCUGUGGAUGGUCGAUCGGCCAGAGACCCAACGCGGCGAAUGGAGUGCAGAUGAGAUUCGAGCACUAGCUGGAGCCUAUUAUCUAGCAUCAAGCUCUUCGGUGAUGUUGCAGAAACUACGAUGCUUCCCGUUUACCCCUUACAUUUUGGAAGCCUCUCAAGCUCUCGCUCUACAGCGUCUUACGCCACACGACAAGUUCAUACCAGUCAUGAUCACUAUGCAACAUUUGAUUGAGAAUGUGGAUAGUUUGGCAGCCAGGCACAGACACAUGUCCUUGAACCAGUCCUUUUCGGCAAGAGUCGAAGCAUUGCGCCAAGAACUGUCGUAUCUGAAGGGCUCUGUGAACUUUCCCCUCAUGGAAAACAAGAUUUUACACUUGCAAGCCCAUACAGCAGAGCUGCUGUUGAACCAGUGUGCCACGAGCGCUAGCAUCUUUGGUUUAGAGCAUCUCGGCGACGGGCAGUACAACCAAACUACCUCAGCAGCAUUCUUGCCAUGGCUAUCAGAGAGCAUACUGGCAACCAAGUCGAUAAUUGACAUAAGCCAAGCCGUGAUGCCCGAAGAGCAGCCUCUGGUUACCAACCUGGAGUGGAUUGUUCUGUACUGCGGCUUGUCGCUGGGCACGCGGCUGGACAUUGUCGCAGCGCAGCCGCAGAUUCAGCAUGCCACAAGACAGCUACGUCAUCUUUCCGAUAUCAAGCACAUCCUGAGACAAGUCAUAUUGCGCAUGGAGCCCUCGUCCGCUGAUGCGAUCGAUGAAAACGCUGAUGAGCAGGUCAUGCACGGACUUGCCAAGCGUGUAAAACUGCUCCAGACAUGGCACCGAGACCGUCUUCCGCACGAAUACAGAGAGUCAGAGACGGACUCUACCAGAUAUACCCCAAACAAUUUGAGUAGUGGUGGGGAUUGCGACGACUUUACAACCCCAGCACUUACAAGCUCCGUCGGCUUGACACCAGAGGACUUGGGCGUGACGGACCCGCUACUCAUUUCGGAGCUGCUCGCUGGCUUGGGAGCAGAUGCUAAUUUUGGUGAUUUCUCAUUUACACUGCCCCAGGCAUUUGGCUGA